UAGAAGCAGACUAGUAACUGUAUGAUAUCUUAUGUAACAGAAACCAUGAUUUGUUUUACACUUGGUUACUACUCCACUUUCAAAUUUACAUGUUAAUUUGCACCGAUUUGGCAUUAAAUGCGUCAUUAAGUUUAAAAAUGCGAUGAGUGUUUUAUCUCCGUUUUAUUGGGAUUCUCAUGGAAUGAUUACUUUAAAAAACAGUUUGCAAACACGCUUGCGUUAUCAGUUAGAUAGCAGAACGCCGUACCAGUACCAUAUCAUCUCACGAGUCUUUCGACGCACCAGUUUUCUGGAACCUUACCUUCGAAGAGCACAUUUUCUCUCGCCACAUCCUUUCAGUUUCUAAACGACCAUACCGACUCGCUCGUAUGGUCACAGUGGCGUGGACCCAAUCGUUUGCGGAGUGAUUUUCGCGGCGACUGCACAGCGUCCGUUAGCGGGAUCACAACCCCCCAACCAGCAUGGGGUGGCACGAUGACAUGGCCGACAGGGCGAGCCUGCUCCGUCCUAGCCGGAGUCACCCGGAGGUCCGGCCAGCCCCGCUGAGCAGACGUGCCCGGGACAAGUCCCUCAGCGAGCGAGGGCUGCAUCGUGACCACGGCGCCGACCUACCCAUGGGCUUCACCCCCGCGACCACCCACCACGGCUCUGAGGGGGCCCACUGGGCGCCGCCGUUCGAGCUGGCGCAUCGGCCGAGGACGCCGCCGCGGUCGCGGUCCACCGUCAUCCACUUGGAGGACGACGCCCGCGCCAGCGACGCCGCGACCGGAGCGCACUCGCAAGAGACCAUCUUCGGCUUCAAGAGGUGGUACGACCGCUGGCGCCACCAAGAGGCGGGGGAGACCCGCGCCAUCAACAAGAACGGAACGUGCAACGUGACGCUGGUCAACAACGUGGACCGCAACCGGCGCUUCAUGCAGGACCUGUUCAACACGCUGGUGGACUGCCGCUGGCGGUACACGCUGCUCGCCUUCGUGCUCAGCUACGUCGUCAGCUGGCUUAUCUUCGCGCUGAUCUGGUACCUGAUCGCCGCCGCGCAUGGCGACCUGAGAAGGACCAGCGUCCUCUCUUCGGAGGACAGCGAGCUGCCCGACUCGCCGCCCUGCGUCGUCAACAUGAACGACUUCACGCAGUGCUUCCUCUACUCCGUGGAGUCCCAGAUGACCAUCGGCUACGGCACGUCGUACCCCUCCCAGGAGUGUCCGGAGGCCAUAUUCGUGCUCUGCAUGCAGAGCAUCUUGGGGCUCAUCAUCCAGGCCUUCACGGUGGGCAUGGUGUUCGCCAAGCUGACGCGGCCCAAGCGCCGCUCGCAAACGCUGCUGUUCAGCCGCAGGGCCGUGGUGACCAUGCGGGACAGCCGCCUGUGCCUCCAGUUCCGCGUGGCAGACAUCCGCAAGACCCACAUGGUGGACGCGCGCCUACGCGCGCACCUGCUGCACACACGGUGCACCGCGGAGGGCGAGUACCUCGCGCCGCACCGCACCGAGCUCAAGCUGAGCGUGGACAGCGCGCACGGCAAGCUCUUCCUCAUCUGGCCGCUGGUCGCGGUCCACCGGAUCGACCAGAAUAGCCCGCUCUACUUCGAGUCGGCAGAGGACCUCAUCCACUCGAAGUACGAGAUUCUCGUGUUCCUGGAGGGCACCAUCGAGUCCACGGGGCAGGUGGUGCAGGCGCGAUCUUCAUACGUGCCGGCUGAGGUGCUGUGGGGGCAUCGGUUCGAGCCGGUGGUUCGGUACGACCGCUUCCUGCAGAGCUACGAGGUGGACCACAGCCGCUUGGACCACACGGUACAGGUGGACGCGCCCCUGUGUAGCGCAUACGAGCUGGACCAGCUCGACCUCCUCGUCGGCCAGUCCUGGACGAGGCCGUGGGCGCACGCCCACCCGCCGCCCUGCGCGCCCGCCGCCACUCCCCCGCAGCAGGCCGACGGCCACGCCUACUACAUGACCGCAUCAAUGUGCUACUAAUUUUAAAAGUCUAUAAUAAAAAUGGUUUACGAA